CUCCCUCCGCAUAUUUUUUUUGUGUGGGUGUUGAGUGUGUUUAAAACUUUUUUUUCGGGGCCCACAAAGAACACUUUGCCCCCGGGGGAAAUAGCGACAAGAUUAAGGUCUUCUGGCCCGUAUUAGUGCGUGUUAAUCCCAACUGCGCUAAUUGAGCUUGCAACGAAAGAGAGAGAGAAAAAAAAUCACCAUCGUCUCCUGCGGAUUUUAGAAAGGCACCGACUUUGCUUCUUCUAAUUUUGUUUGUUGAGAAGAGACGCUUUUAUUUCCCAACAAAACCCCUCAUCCCAACAAGUUUCAGAGAGAGCCGAGCCGAAGAACCGAGCAUUUUAUUAAACGUCCGCAAUAAAAAAAGUGGAGAUUCAUUUUAAAUUGUCUUAAAAAGAACGGCGGGGCGGAUUCUCCCCUACAAAUAAUCAGAGUCUGACUAAUGCACCAUUGUCCCCAGCUAAUUUGCAAAGAUUUCGAAGCUAUACUUUGCAGCAGCCAAACGACAAGAGACGGAGGGAAGACUUUAACUAGUGGUAAACAGAUGUCUGUGGUCACAGAUUGCCAACACAGCUUUCAGAGCACUAUAAACAAGCCACGUGGGACACUGGUGUAAUAAUUCAACAUGCAGAACAGUCACAGUGGAGUGAACCAGCUCGGCGGUGUGUUUGUUAAUGGUCGACCACUGCCGGAUUCGACCCGACAAAAAAUUGUGGAACUUGCCCACAGUGGAGCCAGGCCUUGCGAUAUCUCGCGGAUCCUCCAGACCCAUACUGAUGCAAAAGUCCAAGUAGUGGAUAAUCGAAAAGUGUCCAACGGUUGUGUCAGUAAAAUCCUGGGCAGGUAUUAUGAAACGGGAUCUAUCAGACCUAGGGCAAUCGGAGGGAGUAAACCAAGGGUAGCAACUCCUGAAGUUGUGUCUAAGAUCGCUCAGUAUAAACGCGAGUGCCCGUCGAUCUUCGCCUGGGAAAUUCGAGACAGAUUGCUUUCUGAGGGCGUCUGCACUAACGACAAUAUACCAAGUGUGUCAUCGAUUAACCGAGUCCUUCGCAACCUGGCUAGCGAAAAGCAACAAAUGGGGGCAGACGGAAUGUAUGAUAAACUGAGGAUGCUGAAUGGUCAAACAGGCGCAUGGGGUACCCGACCUGGUUGGUACCCGGGCAGCUCCGUACCAGGGCACCCAAAUCAAGAUGGUUGUCAGCAACAGGAAGGAGGCGGCGAAAAUACCAAUUCCAUCAAUUCCAACAGCGAUGAUUCAGACGAGGCGCAGAUGAGACUUCAGCUGAAAAGGAAACUGCAGAGAAACAGAACAUCUUUCACCCAGGAACAGAUCGAGGCCCUGGAGAAAGAAUUUGAAAGAACUCAUUAUCCUGAUGUGUUUGCCAGAGAACGAUUAGCAGCCAAAAUUGAUCUACCUGAAGCUAGGAUACAGGUUUGGUUCUCUAACAGACGAGCAAAAUGGAGACGAGAGGAAAAGUUGAGGAAUCAAAGGCGUCAAGCCAGCAACACCCCGAGCCACAUCCCCAUCAGCAGCAGUUUCAGCACCAGUGUUUACCAGCCCAUCCCACAGCCCACGACCCCUGUUUCCUCCUUUGCCACGGGCGCAAUGCUGGGUCGGGCAGACACUUCCCUGACAAACACUUACAGCGCCCUGCCGCCAAUGCCCAGUUUCAGCAUGGCAAACAACCUGUCUAUGCAAUCGCCAGUAUCCAGCCAAACGCCAUCAUACUCCUGUAUGCUGCCGACCAGCCCGUCAGUCAAUGGACGCAGUUAUGAGACGUACACGCCGCCUCACAUGCAGUCACAUAUGAACCCUCAGACUAUGGGCACCUCGGGCGCCACAUCCACAGGACUUAUUUCCCCUGGUGUCUCUGUACCCGUUCAAGUGCCGGGAAGUGAACCGGACAUGUCUCAGUACUGGCCCCGAUUGCAGUAAAGGGGAGCGUGGACAGAGACUGUGGAGAACUCGGACUCCCAGCAGUAUUUGUUUCCGAGAGGAGACGCUGAAGGUAUCUUUGUUCUGGGACUGCGACCAAUACUCACUUUGAGAAGACUUUAACGUGGACGUCUCCUGCCAGACGUGUAAAGUCAAAGGAACAAACGUCUUAUUGUCCCCCUGCCCCCGAAAUUCUUCACUCGGUGUAUUAUUUGUAUAUGGGCAUUUCUGUAUGUUUAAAACAAGAACAAGUUGAACUCGAUGGAUAUUUGGUACACGUAGGUCAUGGGAUGAUUACAAGACGUCAUGGUCAACAUAGCAGUCACCAAUUAGACGCCAUCGAAUGCUUCUACCGCUACGUUUCUAGAUUUAUGGACUUCGAUGUUACCAACUCGUACCAUUGCAUUACACUAAAUAUUGGUCAAUUUUAUUUUGGGGAUGGGAGGGGGGGAGGGAUGGGUGGGGGAAGGGAAGCCACCUUAGUUGUGUAUAAGCGAGCUCUAUCUGUUUGGGUUUGCCCAAGGUCGUUGACAGAUAAGUUGAUGUGCAAAGGUAACAGAACUUCAAGGAAGUGGACAAUUUGGUAGAUAAAGGUAGAUUGUGUCUUCGAUAUAAUCCAAUUUGUUAUGUCGAAAUGUAAGUAUUUGUCUUCCCUAGAAAUCUCCCAGAAUGAUUUCUAUAAUAAAGUUAAUUUCAUUUAUAUGUUCACCCGAAUACGCUAGAGAUGAUUUAUAUCCACCCAUGCAUCAUUAUAGUCAACAACUUUCUAUUUUUCUUCGUUAACUCCGUGCAAGCUAGUGUUCUGAUAUUUGUAUAUAGGUAGCUGUCACGUUCAAAGUUUAUUUCGUGCAAGUGAAACGAUGUUUCAUACAAAAUUAAACUGGUUAUCAAGAGUUUUACAACAUUAAGUGUUUCAGUUACGUUUGAUUGCAUAUCAAAGCUUCAGUCAAGAACGAUCUCCAAGGCAUACCAAAGCAUACAUUUCAGUUAACGCCUGCCUCCUUUUUAAACACAGUAUUGUGUUGAUUUCUUUUGUUAAUAAAUUCAGAGGGAGUUAGUCUUUGGAUUUAUGGUGAACCAAUCGUUUACGUUGGAAAAGCUACCUUUACUUGUUUAGCCGACAAUUUUUUUUAUGGAGAGUAAAAUAAGUGCUAUGUUAAUGGAUUUAUCAUGGAAUUCCUAAAAUGAUCAUACAUGUCAACAUUAGACUUUUAACCAUUCUUGGAUGGGUGAGUUGAUAAAUGUAACUGAUGAUAUUCACAUUCUAGAUGCAGUAAGCAUUUUUUUUUAAGUUCUGGCUUAAACACUGUAAUUUUUGUUGUUUAUACAGAAUACAGCUACUAGCAGAAACAAAAAAACUUGUAAAAAUGUACAUAUUUUGUACAAGUAUUAAAAUGUCGAUUGAAGGGUGACACCCCUAAAUUAUCAA